CCUCUCCCAGAAAAGCGCCACAAAGUUUUGUCACUGAGAAGAAUAAACUCAUGUAAGCCACCGGAUGACGGAUAGCUUUAAAGGCGGAUUUGUGUGGUUGCUCUCUUUUUCGCCGUAAUCGCGUUUUUUUUUUUUUUUCGUUUGGUUUGGUUUUUUUUUUAGCGACUUUAGACUGGUGGUGUUCCUUUUUUUUUUUGACGCGAAGCUCAAGUCUCCGGGAUUGCCUCUCAUCUCGAAGUUCCCAAGAUGAACCUCGAUCCGGUGACCGGGAAACUUUUUGUGUUGGUGGCAACACUCCUCACUGGGCUGGUGUGUCACGCGGCAGACCCUCCAGCAUCUCAGUGGUCCGGCGACGAGUACAGAAACCUCACCCUUCGACGACACAGAGCCUGCGUCGAGAACAAGCAGUACCUCCACCAGGGACUCUGCUGCCUCAAUUGCCAGGCCGGAACCUUCGUGCAAAAGGCCUGUGAAAGAGACCAAGAGCAAGGGACGUGUCUUCCCUGUGAGCAUGGGCAGACUUACACAGAGCACUCCAACGGGAUGAACCGCUGUCUGCCAUGUACCCACUGCCGUUUAGAUGAGAUUGAAACUGCACCCUGCACCACAACUACCGACACCAGGUGCCAGUGCAGACAGAAUACCUUCUGCGUACCAGAUCAGGCCUGUGAAGUCUGCAAACGUUGUGCCAAGUGUAAACCGGGGGAGGAGGAGGUGAGGAGGUGCACCUCCUUUUCUAACACAGUGUGUCGAAAACAGGAUCUGUCCCCUACGGAAACCUCCCCGGCCCUACUCCCUACACCCACCCCUUCCUCUCCAGCGGACAUUGUUAUUCCUAUAUGUGUUUUCCUGGCCUUAAUUCUCCUCAUUGGACUGGCUGUGUGGUGGUUCCUGAUCAGGCAGCGCUCAUUUGAAAUACCAUGUUCAAAGAGCCGUUGUGAUUCCAGUGAAAUUGUGAAGAUUCCUAUUGACGAGAGUGGAGCCACAGCCGAGGAGAGACAGAAUAAUCAGAAUGCGGGUCUGGAGGGCGAGGAGUCCCGCCCGGAGUCACGACCCCUACUGCAGGAGACCCAGGCUGGGAUGAGCAAGUCUGCUCCCCCCGAAGAUGAGGACCGAGGACUAGGGGACAGUUUGCCCAACACCACUAGUUCGUCUCAAACUAGCCUGUCGGCCCUGCCCACAGCAGCUUCCUCUGGCAACACUCCACACCAGAGCCCCAAUGCCUUCAGAGUGGCCCCUGGAGACAUGGAUGACCCUCUGCGACGUCGACUAGUGCCAUUACAAGGGUCAGAAAAAUCCCUAAAGAAGAGCUUUGAUUUGUUUGAUGAGUACCUGGACGUGCGGAUCCAUAACAAGUUCUUCAGGAUGAUUGGAGUCAGUGACAACCACAUUCGGAUUGCAGAAAACGGCGCCCCCGGUGACAAAGUGUAUGAACUGCUGAAGAGCUGGAUGCAGAGGCAGGGACUAAAAGCCGACAUCAACAACCUGUUAGACACUUUGCUUAGUAUGGACCAGCGACGCUCAGCCGAGAGCAUCGCCUCUACGGCGCUGCAGAGAGGCUACUACAAGCACGCAGACACACCCUGAAAGCUGAAGUAACAGGGGCCGCAAGUGAAGUAAACACACUUACUACAAGACAAACUAAAAGCACAUAGACACUGUCGGUAGACACUGUGUCUCACGAACAGGCUUACCUCUUCGUGGCUGACCAGCCACAUAUUCAAAAGCCAGUAGUUUUAAGAAGAAAAACACAAAAAGGGGAAGGUCGAGUCGAAUUGAUCAGUGCUCUGAGGAUGCUGACUAUCUGCCAAAUAAUGAGGUGUAAUAACGAACAUGAGGAAGAAGUUUCGUGGUCAAACCCAACAGCAUUAAAGACGACCACGGAAACGUUUUCCAAAAGAGCAGAGAAAACGUGAAGGUGUCGCCUUCCACAGGCAGAAACGGCUCCGUGCUUCUCGCUCUAAUGAAGCAGCCAAAUAUUGAAAGCUUAGAAGUCUCUGGGCGUGCGUCACUCUUCUGGUCCUCCACCCAGAUCAUGGUAAGCUACCUGGAGACAAGGAUAUACACUGGUUUGUAGGAGUGGCAUUAGCUGUGUCACUAAUACUGUGCCUGUUUGAUGCACUGACCUCUAGCACAUGUAGGAUUUAAAACUACCAUCAUGCUAUGUUUGGGGUUUUUUUUGUUGUUGUUGUUGUUGUUGUUGUUGUUUUGUAGAUUUCGGCUUCUCUGAAACCAUAUGUAACAGUCCAUGAGCAUUUUCCAGACUAAUGAUAGGAAAAUAUUGUCCAUUCAUUAUGGCAACAGUUAAUGUGCAGCCUUACUAAUGACAAACGUUACCUCUUCAAUGCCAUUUGAUAAUCUAAAUUAACUUAGGUAUCAUUUUUAUUAUGAUUUCAUUCAUUAAGUGUAGUGGUUCAAAAAAUGUCGGAUUGUUUUCAGUUUUUGUCCAUUCUUUUAUGUGUUCAUUGUUACUACUAAUACAUGACAUUGGAGAAGGAAUUUCACAAGCUAUUAGAGGCUGUUGGAACAAAUGUUGGAACAACUGUUGGUAAAAUGUUUCCACAAUCUUUUCAAGUAACUUGGAAAACUUCAAGGGUUGUUUUAUUUAUUGAUAUAUUUAUUGUAAUGAAUAAUAAUUACAUUUUAUUAUUUAUACCAUUGCCAAAAGUUACCCUGGAAAACAAGCACACUGUCUAUUUGUGUUGUGAUGAUAUUUAGCUACAGGGCAAAAUGACUGACAUCAAGUUGUUUUCAAGGUGCGGUUGACACUUGUGGUGUUUUGUUAAACUCUGCUCCUGCUCGCUGCACUAUGUUUAGCGCAACACUCGGGUCCGCACUGCCGAUUUGUCAGCGUUGCGUGUUUGCCAUUUCCUCACAAGUCGGCUCCCAUGUAGACCACGGUCAGAAACAGUGUCGAAGCUUUCUUGAUGCUCAGAGUAGAAUGCGUCGAAUCGGAGUUGAAAUGACGUCGGUCCAAGAAAAUGAGGACUGACCUGUCGAGUCCAGCGGUUGUACUGAACCGACUGCUUAAGUCAGCGGUGACUUGAGGUGCAGGUACGGAUUGUUUUGUCUUAGUUUGACUCAGACGAGAUGAAGGAAGCUUUUUCUGGAUUUAGUAAAACGAAGCUCAAAUUUAUUUCCCCACUUCUGUCCCAUGUACAUACAAACGUCCAGAGAGCGUCGAAGCCCCACAAAAUGUAUAUGUUUCUGUGUGUAUACUGUAUGCAGCUUUAUUAACAAACUAAAAUGAGUAUAGUGAGGUAUGAAUUUAUUGAAGACAAGAAACGUACAAACCAGAGUGGUUUCUGUUGAUGUUGUGACAUUUUUAAACUAGAAUUUGCCCAUUUUUCUGCAGUCUCUUGUGUAUAAAGUAAAGAGUUACAGAGUUAUAUAUUAUUGCUGAAGAGUGACGCUACAGUGCUGGCACUGCCAUCUAUUGACAGACAAUGAAAAUACAGCCUGCAUCAAUUUCUAGGGACCCUGUACACUGCUUACCCACUCAACAUUCUCACUUAAAAUUUUUAACACUUCAGUUUCUCAACUCUUAGCCUUUUUUUUCUUUUAAAAUUCCUGAAUAGGCUUCAAGUGCAUGUUCGUGAGUUUGUAUGUCCUUUUUUUUUUUUUUAUAUACAUACUGUGUUUUUACCUUUUACGUGUUUCAUUGCAAGUCCUAAACUGUUCAAUUAACUCCCCUCGUGUAAAACCUUUCUGUUCAGCAUUACCGUUAAGCCAUUUCCCCCUUAGUUAUUGUUUGCUUGACAUGGAUUUCAGAUUUUAAGUUAUGCAAAUACAACAAAGCUGUUUUUAUGUCAAUUUCAAAUAAAUGUUUUGUACAGAAA